AUGGUUAAUGACAGAUUUAUUACAAGGGUUACUAAAUUUGGAGCUUAUGUGUAUGAGGAUGGAACAAAAUACAUUGGAGACUGGAACGAUCGAGGUCGAAAACACGGCUUGGGCCACGUCCAGUUUAAAGACAAUACACGAUAUGAAGGAGGAUUCAGUAAUGGACUUUGCUCGGGUCUUGGAGUUCUCCAGUAUCCGGAUGGAGCGAGGUACGAAGGAGAAUUCAUGGAAGGAUGGUUUCAUGGUCACGGCAUGUUUUGGAGGGCUGAUGGCAUGAAGUACGAAGGGCAAUUUCGAGGUGGUCGUAUCUGGGGAUUAGGAUUAGUAACAUUUAAGGACGGAUCCCACGGACUUCCGAGACACGAAGGAUUUUUCAAAGAUUGCAAAUUUGUACAAAAGAAAAAAUGUCCGUCAGUCGUUACAGAUGCACAACGAGCAGCAUUGAUGGCAAGAAUACAAACUGAACAAACAUAAUUUUUUAAUACAAUUUAGUGUAAAGAAUAAAAAAAAUAUAUAUAUAAUUCUUGAUAAAUAAUUUAAUAGAAAUGGGAUUUUUUUUUUUAUCUCGAAUGAUUUUGUAAUUCUUAAUAGUUGUAAUGUUAAAAUGACGCCAUAUGUACAUGGGUUGUCUUCGAAAUAAAACGUAUACAACAUACCAAAUUUUACGUCCACAAUAAUUAUUGUACCCUGUUAUUUUUAAUAAUAUUUCAAAUUAGAGUGAAUUAAGCUAUCUAAACCUUUAAAAAAAUAUAAAGGUUAGAUUGCCAUCUUGAGCAUCUCUGUGGAUUUUAUUGAUAUUUUAAUUACAAAGUAAAUUGUAAGCAUUUUAAAUCUAUAAUUUUUAUAYAACUCUUAAAAUGGUCAUCGAAAUUAGCUUCAAAAUUAAAAUAUCAAUAWAAGCCUCCAAUAUGCAUUAUAAUCUUACUGAUAGGAAAAAUAUAGUCAUCCAUCGACUAUCAAUAUGACACUCGCAGAUUGAUUGAUUUUUUAGUUGGCUUACUUAUUUAUUUUUAUUUUGUAUU